UUUCCCGGAGACAAGUGGUAACAGAAACAAAAGGAUUAUAAUUUCUCUCGUGCGCUCAUCGCUGCUCUGGCGCAUCUCAAUCCUGGAGUUCCGGAAUUGCCAAGACCCGAGUGAAUACGAAGAGUAACAUGGCCAGGCCCUAGAGCGCAGUGAUGGCACAAUAUCGAUUAAGCCGAAACUAUCGACAUCAUAAGCAGGAUUAGGAUGUAAAGCGUAGGGGAUUCUCCUACAUCGAUCGAUUGGACUGCCGCUGCCGAUUUCAUGAUGGCUUUCGGCCCAUUAAUAUUCGGGCUUGUGUCAACUUUCUGUGCGGCGGCGAUACUCCUAUGCCGCUACGGGAACCCUGCGAAGCAUCACGUUGCCGUAACCGGUAGCGUCUUCUUGGCGUGGUACUUCUCGAUGUUGAUCAUCAUCCUAAUGCCUCUGGAUGUAUCGACGACCGCGUACAAGCAGUGCUUAGCUUACAACAAUCUGUCGUCGGUCCCUGAACAUCUCCCUCACGGGAUCCAGGCAGCGGCUCUGACGGAUCUUCGAGCGUAUCCGGGACCGAGACCCGGCCUGCUGUUCACUGGCAACGAAACGAGUUCUGCCGCCACAUCCUCGAUGAGGCCCACUCCCCCCACAGAUGCCAACCAAACGAGCUCGACCACACCGGGUAGCGUGGAUCCCGCUGAGAAAAACGUGACCGACGUGCCCAACGUGACCACAACGUUGCCGCCGCAUCCGAUAGAUCCUUGCAUGAUACCGUGGAGUCAUGUCCCUGGGAACGCGUUCCCAGUCCUGUGGCGGAUAGUUUAUUGGAGCUCUCAACUGCUCACCUGGAUUAUCCUGCCCCUCAUGCAAUCGUACUCGACGGCCGGCGACUUCACCACGACUGGGAGGCUUAAAACAGCUCUGUAUGAGAAUGCAAUCUACUACGGAACCUAUCUAUGCAUCUUUGUGGUGCUAUUGGUUUAUCUCGUCAUCCACGGGAUCGGGCUCGACGCGGGGAAACUCAAGGUCGUAUGCAUAACAGCCGCGAAUACCUGGGGACUGUUCCUUCUAGUCCUGCUGCUUGGCAGUGGUCUCGUAGAGUUACCGAGGACGAUGUGGAACCUCUCCCGGAAAGGGUACACACUGAGGUAUUUGUACUUCAAGGCCGCGAAACUUUCCAUGGAGAAAUGUGAAACCGAAGAGAAACUGGAUGAUGCCAUCGAGGAACUGCGCCAAGUCAAUAACUGCAUCACGAGUGGGAGCCCGCUUCGGUAUUACGUGGACGUUAUAAUAUCGAAGAUUCCCCGGGACAGAUGGGAGGACAAUCGCAGGAACCGAACAACCGCAUCUGGAGCGAGCGUUUCGGAGAAAAGUCUAGUCAGACUCCAUAAGCAGGUCAUCAAGGCCAUGCAGGGUGUGACGCGAACCCAAGUUCAAUGGGAUACCCUGCUGCAAGACAUUCUGUAUUGGGAGGACAUAACCAAGAACGAGACCAGUGGAGAGCGGAGAUUCAAGAGUUCCCUCGAGUACAGGCCGCGCGGUCAACUGACCAAGCUCUUCUGCACGCCGACUGUGGAGUGGUACUGGCGAUGUAUGCUGAGGUCCCUCCUCCUCCGGGUCCUCGCCGGGCUCUUCGCGGUAUUCACGGUGCUCCUGAUAUUCUCCGAGGUCACAUUCUUCAUCCGACAGCCAAUAAUUUCGAUUAUUGGCGUAAUCCACCGAUCGCUUGAAGCUUCCCACAGUUACUUGGGACUCGAGCUCCUCUGCGUCCUCGCCCUGGGAUAUCUGUGUCUGUGCACCUACUUCACUGUGUUCAAAAUUCGUAUUUUCAACCUCUACUAUCUCGUACCGAACCAGCAGACUAGUGAAUACUCGCUGAUUUUCUCGGGAAUGAUGCUUUGCCGGCUGACGCCGCCUUUGUGCUUGAAUUUCCUCGGGAUGAUCCAUCUGGAUCAGCACAUUUCUCAAGAACACAACCGAGUCGAGACAGCCUAUACUCAGAUUAUGGGUCACAUGGAUGUGAUCUCGAUCAUCUCGGACGGUUUCAACGUCUAUUUCCCAAUGCUCAUCUGCGUGUUGGGCGUCGCCACAUAUCUCAAAUGGGGGAGCAAGGUGCUGCAUGCUCUCGGUUUCGAGCAGUUCCUCAGUGAUGACGACUUGACGACGGACCUUGUGGACGAAGGACGCGAUCUGGUCAAGAGAGAAAAGAAUCGGCGUCAGCGUCAAGAAGAAAACGAAAUCCGUCGGAGGCAGCGACUGCAGUCGGCUCCAAGCCAAGAGUAUAAUACCUCUUCACGCAACCGCCACCCGAUCGGAACGAGCAGCUCGACGGAGAGCGCUCGGGCAGAACUACUUUCUGGAGUGGGAGACACUCCCGACUACAGCUCCAGAGACUUCUCACCGACAGAGCGAUGGAGCACCAAUCGACCGCCAAGCAACCUGUUCGACGACGUUUGAAACCUCGGCAACUAAGGAGCUCAUGCUACGAAUACAUAGAAAUAUUUAUUGUUCAGUUUUCGGAGGAAAAGAACUUAGCCGGGGAUCUAAAUGGAUAGGCACAGAUACAUGGGGAGGCACUCCAUGUCCAAGGAGCCUAUUCCAUGUUCACAUCGUGAUUUCUACAAAGAAAAUUCUGCAAUCUCGUACCGGUUAUAGUUUUCUAGCUUUUUGUUCAAUUAUUUCCAUUCAGUGUCAAACAGCGCCAUAGCGGUGUCAUUUGCGCCCGGAGGUCGGUAUCCAGAAUGUACAGAGCUCAACUGAUUUCAUCCCGACUCAGUUGACGAACGACUGUAUCAUAAGCCUAGUAAUACCAGCUGAGUGAAUUCAGCGCGGAGAUUCUAGAUGAUCGAAUAUAAUUUCCAUUCAGAUGAUUGGCAACUACGCAUGGGGGACAUUUCUUCCGAAUCAGCGUGGAUAUGUCUUUGCGGAGUUAUCUUUGUGACUUGCUUCGAGUUCAGAUCAGUGACCCCGCCGACAGGUUCGGCAUUCUCAUCUCCCUGAAACCCUAUGCGCGCAGAAGAAUACGCAAGGAUCGCUUCCUCUCGAUCGUGUACAAAAAUGUGAUAAUUUUAAUAUAAUAAAAAGAGAGCAGCAUCGUACAGACUAGAU